AUGAAUGAAGACCAAACACCUCGAUUUCCACAUCCGGCAAAGUCACCAAGAAAAACCAAUUUCCAGAACAGGAAAAACAUGAGUUAUUCAAAUACUAAUAACCAAUCUGCAUCUCGUUUUGGUGGUUAUCUGUCGUCAUUUUCUUCACCACCAUUUUCUCAUAAACAGCAAUCACAAGAAAAACCAGUGAUUAAACCUUUGUUAGAGUCCCUGACGCCACUGGCAUUAUUAGAUGCAAAACCAUUUGACAGAAGAAACAAAAAACGACGAAAUGGUAGACAACAAGGCCAUCGUAAAUCUCAAUCUAACGAUUUCGAUGAUAAAAUGGAUAAUUCAUCAUCGAAAAAUUUUGACAAUAGUACAAAUAUUAUCGCUAUUGCACGUCCAUCUAGUGAACAAUUACAAGCAUUAGAAAUAUGUUUUAACAAAACAAUUAAUGAAAAAUUUUUGUCUGGUAACAGUAUUCUAAAACGAAAAUAUUUAUUUGAAAGUAUAAAAAAAUCAAUACAACAAAAACGAUCAGACUGUCAAAUUUCGAUAUAUGGUAGUGUCUAUUUUGAAUGUUGUUUUGAACGAGUAGGUAUCAUUGAUAUUGACGUGAAGUUUAACGAAACAUUACAAUAUGACACAUUGAAAGAACUAUUAGAAAUUGUUCAACAGGCCGAAUAUUGUGACGGAGCUAAAAUUGAUCCAGAUCAUAAACCGUCAUGCAUUAUUAUGAGUACAAAAGGCGAUCCUUCAAUUCGUGCUCGUUUAACGUCAGGUUAUACACGUGGAAUACAUUUAUCAAAAUUAAUUCGUCUUUAUACAAAAUUUGAUCCACGUACAUUAAAAUUAAUGAGAUUAAUCAGAUAUCUAGCAAGAAUGUAUGGAAUUGAUAAUGUACCAGUUACAUUAAAUGAACAGCAACAUAACGAAUUUUUCAAAGCAUGUAAUGACUAUGAGAAAUCUCAAAAAUGGAAGUCGAAAAACAAGACAUCUGUGGAAGAAUUAUUUUUACAAUUUUUAUCUUACUAUUUACAAGUGUUUUCAACAAAACAAUUUGUCGUAUCAAUACAAACAAAAAUGCCCGUAUUGAAAACUGAAAAAAACUGGCAUAGUCGAAAAUUACUUGUCGAAGAUCCAACUGAUGUCAAACGUAGCUUAUGUCAAACAAUGCAAGCUGCACGUUCUCUGGAAUAUUUUCGUUCGUGUCUUCGUUCAGCAUUACUCUAUUUUGGCCGUAAACAAGUGAUUAAAAAACAAAAAUCAGACAGUAGUAAUGUAGAUGAUAACUCUACAGAUGAUUUUAUCAUUGUCGACAACGAUGAUAUACCAACAAUCGAGCCGAAAAAUUUAUUACAAUCAUCAUUUAAAAUAUUUGCGAAAAAUUUACCUCCAUCUGUUUGUCGUGAUCAGACAAUUCGUCAAGCACGAGUGAAAGACUAUUACAUACGUUUAUUCACCAAACAAUCGCCUCCUGAACCACAAUUAAAAUUACAUAAGAAAAAAUCGAAUGGUAAUGGUGGAACGAAUACAGAGUGGGGAAACGAAGUAACCGAAGAAGUCGAAGAAGCAUUUCGUCAUGAUACUGAACAUGAUUACGAACAAAUGGAUGAAAAUGAUCAAGAAGAUGAAAUACAAGUACCGCUAGAAGAAUUACAUAUCAAAGAAGAUGAUGAAGAAAAUGGAAUCGGAAUCGAAACAUUUGGAGAAGAAACUGAACAAAACGAUAUUCAUGAUGGUUUAUUACAGUUACCAUCAGUCAAUGAAGAUGACCCAUCACAAUUCGUUCAAUGCCCACCUGAAACACCGCCAUUGGACACUUUUUCUUCGAUUAAUGAGGAAAAUGAUGAACAAAAUGGAAUCAAACCUGAUGAUAAAGAAGGUUUGGAUUUAGCUACUAAUAAUAUUGGCGACGGUGAUAAUGAAAAUAAAAUGAUUUUGUCUAAUGUUACGACUAACGAAUCAGAACGAAAAAUCGUUUUGGAGAAAGCGAAUGAUAUGAGUAGUGCGAGUACGAGAAGUGGUCAAGAAAAUGAGAAUAAAAAAACUAGUGAACAAGAUGCCGACAGUGUUGAAAGUAAAAAUAUAGAUUAUUUAUUAGCACAAUUAAAUAAGAAACAAAAGCGACUUUUACAGAGAGAAUAUGAACGACAAGGUAGAGUUUUGAAUGAAAUUGUUAAAGAAACAUUUAACUCGUUGAUUAAAGAUAAACCACAAUCCGCAACUGAAACAAACUCAUCCCCAAUUAGUGAAACUGAUAUAAGGAAUGAAUUGCCAUCUGCAACAUCCUCAUCAGAGUCAUCUACGUCAACGCAAGUGACGGUUUUAGCAUCAACAACUAAUCAAUUACCUACUAAACCAUCGUCACCUCUAGACCACAUACCAUCAGCAUUAUCAUCACCAUCAAAAUUCAGUGAUGAGCAAAUAACGUUAACAACAACAAAUUCAGAAUAUUUUUAUGAUUUUCAGGCAGAAAAUUUCGGUGCAGAACAAGGAGCACCUUAUGUUUGUACAACAUGUAAUAGUGUUGGUCAUAUAAAAUCUGAAUGCCCUGAAUUAAAUAUUCCUGAUUUAGUAGAAAUUCCUCAAUUGAGUGAUGCCUGGUUGAAUAAAUUAUCCUCGAUAUGUGUUGACAUAACAACUAAUUGUAAACCGAUGGACAGCGAUAUUGAAUUGCGUAAAAAAAUUCUGGAACUUUUAAGAAAAUUAUUCAGAAAAGAAUAUUCCGAUUGUGAACUGCAUGCAUUUGGAUCGUUUUAUAACGGAUUCGGUUUUAAGCGUAGCGAUCUGGAUAUUUGUGUAACAUUCAAAGAUGUGGCAGAGGACGAUGCGAUUGAAAAUACACGGUUAUUAAACACUUAUACAUUGAUCGAUCCAAGAGUAGCUCAAUUGGGCUAUAUGCUCAAGUUUUUAGCCAAAAAAUGUGAGAUUGGUGAUGCUUCUCGUGGUACACUUUCAAGUUAUGCUUAUAUUAUAAUGGUUAUACAUUUUCUUCAGCAAACAACGCCACCUGUACUACCCGUUUUACAACUACUAUGUAAAAAUGAUAAUGCUAAAUCGUCAGAUACAUAUAAAAAAUGUGGAAAGUGGAAUGUGUACUUUUAUGAAGAUAUGGAGAAUUUGUCCAAAGUUUGGAAGGACAGAUCGGAAAAUCUUUUAUCUGUAGGCGCAUUAUGGAUUGAAUUUUUACGAUAUUACACGGAAACAUUUAAUUAUGAAGAACACAUUGUGUCGAUAAGAAAAUCAGAACCGCUUACAAGAUGGGAUAAAGGAUGGUUUCGACCGACAUUAGCUGUUGAAGAUCCAUUUGAAUUAUCACAUAAUCUGGCUGCCGGUUUAUCUGUUAAAAAUUGGGCAUUAAUUCGUCGUGUUUUAAUUCGUGCACGAAAAGCAUUUGCUUUGGAACCACAAUUAGACAUUUCAAAUGCAACAUUUGCUGAUUUGGAGCCUCUGUUAUUUAAUAUUGAUGAAUUAUGUCCAGCUCAUGCUCCAAAACGUUGUGAAUGGUGUCGUGGCCCAUAUCAUAUUCGUAAAAGAUGUCCAAAAAUAGCCACAUUAGCAGCUGAUCAACAAAGAGAAAAACAACAAACACGAACACUAAUGGCCCAAUAUCAACAAACGCAAGGAGAAAUGCAAACUGGAUUUCAUCAUCAACAACAACAACAAUUGUUCUAUCAUUCGCAGCCAGGAUAUCAACGAUCAACGACAAAUGGAUAUCCAUAUCAAACCCGAACAUUCGAAAAUCAACAGAGGUAUAACAAUCAAUCGUCGAAUCAAAAUAAUUUCGAUUUUUCGAACUCACAAACAUCGACACCAAAUGUAUUUCCUAAUAAUCAUCACAGACCACAACAACCAAAUCCAAAUUAUUUUGCUCAACAGCAGCAACAGAUGUUUAACAGUUAUUAUCCACAACAACCGACAACACGGCAUCAGUUUCAAAGACAAUACAGUCCACGUACAGAUUCAAAUCAGACCACUGUGGUAAAUCAGUCAGCUUAG